AUGUCGAGCAAAGCUACCAACAAGGUUGUCAACUACUAUGGCAAGCGUGACAUUCGCGUUGAGGAGAUCCUCAUGCCCGUUCCCGGCGAAGGCCAAGUCUUGAUCAAGCUCGCGUGGUAGGUGCCAGACCAGAGCCCUCAGUCUUCUAGGUACUGCGCUGAUAUUUAUUCAUACUUUUCCGAGCUCCCUACUACAGGUGUGGAAUGUAAGUCCAACGUGGUGUCGAUGCGAGACUGGGGGACACCAGCUCUCCGCUGCGACCAUACUCGGCGGUUGAGUUGAGCCCCACCUUCGGAACCCCGUGACGGGUCGCUGAUGAUGUCGUGCGGCGGCGCGUCCGAUGUUCAACCCAGUUGCGGGACCGAUCUGCACGAAUACACUGGCAAGUCAAGUACUCCCUUUGCUUGUGGGAAUGACCUCUAAUAAUCGUGAAUCUUGCGAUGUAUCUCGAUAAAGACGGUCCGAUCCUGUGCCCGACCGCCGACACCGCCCAUGGAAUCACCGGCGAAAAGCUUCCGAUCUGUCUCGGGCACGAGUUCUCCGGCGUCAUCUCCCAGGUCGGACCUGGCGUCAAGGGCGAGUGGAAAAAGGGUGAUCGUGUAAUUGUGUGAGCACCUGCUUCUGUAUCUUUCCUUUACCCGAUCAAGAUGAAGAAUGCUUGAUAGCCUACAUGAGCACACUUCGAGUGGUGCCACGGGAUUCUCCGCUGGCUGACGCUCGGUUUGCUUUACCACGUGCUACGACAGGGAGCCGACGAUUUCUUGCUUCAAGUGCUACGCUUGCAAGCACAACUUCAGAAACGGUGCGAAAAUCGUAUGCUCUCUGCGAUAGCACUCAUGAGCUCAUGCCAUGGUGCGGCUACAGCUUGCUCCUCGCUCGGAUUCGUCGGUCUCUCGGGCUACGGUGGCGGACUUGCCGAAUACACCGUCGCAGGUGAAGGAUUCCUGCACAAACUUCCCGACAAUGUAUCUUUACAACAUGGUGCAAUGGUCGAGCCCCUUGCGGUAGGGAUGCACGCCGUCGAGAGGAGUGGCGCGGCGCCGGGAUGUACCGCGCUCGUCUGCGGCGCCGGACCGAUUGGGUGCUUCGUCACCAAGGUCCUCAUUGCGAUGGGAGCUUCGUGAGUGGGCUUCGCUUAGGAUAGGCCUCAGGAUACUGGUCGCACCAGCUGAUAUGGAGGACCUGCAGCAAGGUGAUCGUCUCCGAGCCGUCGGGAUCUCGUCGCAAGAUGGCAACCCAUGCCGGCGCGCACCAUGUCAUCUCACCUCGAGAGGACGAUGUCGUCUCGAAAUGCCGCGAGCUGACGGGUGGCGAUGAUGUUGGUGUCGACGUCUCCUUCGAGUGCGCCGGCGUCGAAGCGAGUUUGACAGCUGCGAUCGCCGCUCUCCGCCCUCGAGGAACAUGCGUCAACGUCGCCAUCUGGAGCACCAAACCCCAGAUCGAUAUGAACGCCUUGGUCUUGGGCGAGAAGACGUUGCGCGCGGUCAUUUGCUACGAAUCGAACCACAAGCCUGCGAUCGAAUCACUCUCCAGCGGCAAGAUCUCAUUAGAUGGUCAGUACCUCACCCUGCCUACCUGGGCAAGUCCGGUUCUGACAUGUUUCGAAAACACUUGCCCUUCGCGAGGCUUUGUGACGGGCACGGCUUCCCUCGAUGACAUCGUUGAAAAGGGCUUCCACGAGUUGAUCAACAACAACGAACAACGUGAGUUCAUUUACUUACGACCCCGAACGCAAAUGGUAGCAAGCUAUUAA